UGUUAAUUUUUUUAUUUUCCUUUGAGACAACAGUAUAUGAAUGGUCAUGAACAUCCCGGUAAGACAAAGGUAUCCUAUGAUAUUUCCAGUUAUAAAUGGCUCGUUACAUUUUUUCGGUGCGUUUUAUUUCGGUUGCGCUUUGUACAUGCACUUCGUUCACCUCCGGGUUGUCGUCGCUAAUGGAUUAUUGCUGUUCCUCCAUGGUACGAAGUUCAUAGGAAUCUGGAGCGCUGUCGCACAGUUGGUGUAUCUUUUGUACUGUACGGGUCUAGAUUUGAAGAACAUCGUAAAGCCCGAAGACUCGCCGGACGCUUCGACAGUCGUCAAGGACUUCAUCCAAACUAGUCUAGUUUUCCCAUCUUCGUUGGUGUCGAGCGUCUCUUUUUGGAUAUUCUUCUGCAUCAACAAGAACAUGAUAUUCAAGAACGGCGAGAACCGUUCACCGUUAUGGAUAACGCAUUUGAUAUACUCUUACAACAUAAUAAUACAAAUUCUGGAGAUGGCGACUUCUUCACGAAAUUAUCCGAACAACACUGCAAGUUUUAUUGGGAUUUUUUCCUUUUUCGUCGCGUACGUCUUCUGGACGCACUUAGUCCAUUGGUAUACUGGAGAAUGGUCGUAUUACAUAUUAGAAAAAAUGAACUUACCAGUGAGAAUUUUAUUCUUCAUUUCUUUUUACAUUUUGCUCCAUACAGGAUACGUACUCGGGUACUUGUUUAAUUCUAUGCUGUGGGGUUCGGACAACGAAAGAAAAAUUCGCCCUAGAACUGAAAUAACUAUUGUGAUAUAAACAAUUUCUGUCGAGCUCACAAAUGCCAUUGUUUUAACA